AUUCAACACAGCAAUUAUAGUUAUACCCAAAAAAGAAAAACCAAUUACUAGUUUUUGCACAUCAUGAUCAUUCAUACAUCAUACUAAACAAGAAUGUCGGAUGCUGGUAGCGACACCCCGUCAUCGCCCGAAGCCGCCAGUUCGCGUCUCGCCGAGAAACGUCGCGAAAUUUUAGCUAGAAAAGCCGCCUACAACAACAACUCAAGUUCUUCGACACCUCCUAUAGAAGGAAAAAAUGGUGCGUCUUCCUCUGGCGCCGCAACAGCUGCACCAGUGGCAAUGCCCCCACCAACGUCAGGGAGUUUCGAACAAGCAAUCCCAAUGCCUCUGCCUAGUGGAAUGGGCACAGCUGCAACGAACACUAGUUCCGCCAGUGGAGGCUCAGCCACAGGAGAACAGGCGCCUCCUAUGCCUAUGCCUGGAGCGUCAGGCCAACCAAUGCCCAUGCCUGUGCCUCCAAGUAUGUCUCAACCACCUACGAUGUCACAGCCUCCUCCGAUGUCACAACUACCUCAUCCGCCUUCAGCGUCUUUCUCAGAGGGACAAGCCAUGCCAAUGCCGCAACCGCCAAGCACAUCAGGAACGUCUUCAGAAGCGAAGAAUAUAUCAGGAUACAACUCUUCUAGUGCAUCAGCCAGCAUAGGUAGUGCGAACCCUACCACUGCGGGUCCCUCAUCAUCUUCAUCCACCGCAAAAGAGAUGAAAAGUCGACAAGUGCCUCAGAGCGUACAUUUUGCAGAGGAUGCAAGCGGCAAAAGCGGUGGUGGGGCGCCUACUUCGGUAAAAAGUUAGACUAUAAUUUUAUGAACAUUAAUAUUUUAUGAACAUCAAUCGAAAAUAUACGCUAAUACAACUUAACAACUUUGAUCUUGAGGAUGUUGACUGUACCUAAUUUGUUUUCAAACUUUCUUCCAAAUUAUCCACGAAUCCACCACCUCAGCAAGCACGAGGGACACAACAAGGGAUCCCCUCAGCAGGAGUACCGACAGGCAUGCCAGGGGUGUUUGCUGGAACUGCACCAGCAACGAGCAGUGGAUCUCUGCCUCUGUUCCUAUGUAUUGCUUAUAGAAUAAAUCCACUUAUUAUUAUUUGAAAAGCAGCUGCCUAACUCUGUCUGAUUUUGUGUCAGACGAGUCAGAGAUAAAAGUUCGUCCUCUAACUUCUUUCAACAACACGUACUACAUGCCCAUGGAGGCUCCUGGGGCAGCAGUCCCGUCAGCUGCUGGACCAGGUGGAGCUGCAACCCAAAAUACUCUAGGAGGAUCAGCACCAGGACCAGGGUUGGGUUUGCCACUACAUCAACAUGUACAACAAGUAGAACCACAACUGGCGCCACUGGGGGGCGUCGGCGGACCCCCACCUUCUAUGAUGAGCAGAUUACUUCCGCCAAAUGCGACCAGUCAACUUUUUAAUGCAGUUCCGUCAACAGAUCCGCUGAUUCAUCCUGUCUUUAGAGGAGACAGAAGUCCUGAAAAGCGGGUAAUCAGAUCGCCGACGCACAAUCCGGCCUCGCCUUUUCGGGAAGCGGCACUGGGUAAUCUAAGAACUACGCGGCAUUUCUGUGUUGAACUUGAUAGUAUAUCGCUCGGUUUGCUUGCUCUUCUUUGAAGGUACAGGCAGACUGAAUUAACCUCUUAAUCAAUAAGUCAAUUUGAGCACUGAGGUUACAUGACAUGACAUGACACCACUUUACCAAUUCGCUUCGAAAAAUAGACACAUCCUAUCCUGUGCCUGUACGCCCACUGCCAUUGCCCCUUCUAACUUUUCAUCUCUCACACAAACAAGCACACUCUUCUCUUCAAUCCUUCUCUUCUUCCCAAUCCUUCUCCCAACCGCUCUCCAGGUAGUAAUCCGACAAAAGGUAUGGUCAUAUGUUAUCAGAGAUUGAUGUCCCUGUCUGAAAUCGAGGCUCAGCACGUGAUAGAACGCUACUUCCGAGACAGGCCUGAAGUGAAGAAUCGCCUUGAAGUUGGGAUCGAUAUAGUUGAAAGUUUUUUCUCCGAACGCUUAUCAGCGCUAGAGGAAAGCUGGAAAGCGCAUAUUGAUCAAGCACUGGACCAAAGGGACACGAAACUGUUGAAAUUACGGCUCCUAAUGUGUCUAUGCAGUAGAUGAAAACGAGUAAGAGUAGCACGGACGUCGAUUCUGGAGUUACAUAUUGUAAGUAUUUCUUUUAAGAUCUUCAGUAACGAUGAUGCUGAUUAAUAGAGCUGGCUCUAACAAACACUCUGAUAAGCCGAAGUAGGAGUAGCAGCGCCACUAUUGCACCUACCAACGGUGUAAGCAGAUCCGUUACCCACAUGGGUGACCAACAACAUCAGACGCCGAAUCUGAUGUCAACAUCUAUGACGACCAUGCCUGGAGGAGGAGCUUUCUUCGCACCAAGCCCAGCAGGACCACCAUUAAAACAACGUACCGACCCGUCACAGCCAGUAGAAGUGCAGUCUCUGACCGCUGAGGUACUAUCGUUUUUGAGUUGAGCUGGUAAUCAUGUUCAUGAUGAAAAUGAUCACGUCAAGAGCUGCGCGUUUUUAGAAUGAUAGUAUUUUGUUUGUUGAAGCGCUGCUACUUUUUUCUGAACUCCACGACAGGUAGCCGCAUUGCAGAAGCAGGUAAAGGCGCUUCUAGCAGCACAACAACGUACUUCUACCGAUUUGGCGACUGCACCUGCUGCGUCAGAAGAUCUUUUAACAAUAACUACAGCACGUGCAAAGCCUCCCCGUGCCCCGAAAACCACCUCUGGAGGACAACUUACUGCUAAACUAUCUGCUUCCUCUUCAUCGUUUACGACUCCAAUGCUAACGACGCCUAAAAACGGCCAGCAUCAUGGAGGGGGGAGUACGCCGGGUUCAGCAUUGAAUUAAGGCUACUAAAGUUGGUAACAAAUAGUUUGGAAUGGAUGCUUGCUUCUCUGCUUGUGAAAUCCUGUUUAGGAAAUAUGAUUACACCACUUGACGCCAUGCCGCCCCCUUUCAAAUCAUCUCUCCCGAGACACUACCUCAAGUUAGGUAAAUGAAUGAAUGAAAAGACCAAGUUGUAUUUGCUGACAAGGAAGAUGCGUUACAGCUAAAGAGCUUUCAUUGAGCAGUCUCGCUGAGCACGACAAAUCCUUUUUUCGGAAUCUGACGCGUGAGGCGACGACGACCUUCCAUCUUCUGCUGUACAGGAGGUCCUACAACAGCCGUGAAGAUGAUAUUACAUUAAAGACGACCUUUUCUUGUCCACUCAGUUUCCUUUAUUCGAUGGCGCUUCGAUUCCUUCUCAAGAUGAAAAAAAACCUUCCGAAUUUAUCUUCACACUGUCACACUUGAUAUACGGGAUACAAAAAUAAUGAAUCAUCAUGUGAUUUUCGCAGGCCUAGUAGCUCUAGUAUUGUAGAUGAAUCUACACCCGCGCACUACAGUAAAGAACUUCGGAAAUCACGCACAAUGACAACUCCAACAUUUUGCGAC